ACCAGGUCGGCGGGGAUAUAUUUGAUCGGGACCUUGCGGGGUUUUUUUUGCAAAGGUUUCCCUCAGCACUUGGCGUUCUUGUGGGAUGGGAUGGGAUGGGAUGGGGUGCGAAGUGCCUCUCCUCUUUAUAGACCGGGCCUAGUUCGUGGCCUCUUGUUGCAUUUUGCGACGGGUUCUCUCUUUCUUUCCUUCUCUCUUUCUUCUCUUCUUUCUUUUCUUGUGCACACUUUGGGUUAUUUUCUUUUUCUGGGGUUAAUGGCGGGGCGGGUAAGGGAGCACAUGGGAACUGGGAUACGAUCUCACGAGAUCGACGUGGCGGCGAAAGCUGGUUGCUGGUUGCGACUGUGUAAACUUUGUUCUUUGGGUAGAAAGAGCGAGCGGGCGAGCGGGUGAGCGGUAUCCAAUGAAUUGCCGACGUGUUAGAUUGGCUCUACUACAAUUCUGGAGGGGCUAUGUGAUAUAUGCGUGACAUGUGUGAACUAAAGAGGAUGAGAGAGCCAGUCUUGG